AGAAUGUCAUUGGCUGCUUACUGUGGGAUUUGCUGUAGAAAGAUAGGAACUUUUCGGUCAGCCGCUAAAACAGACAAAUCGUGGAAAGAUAUCAGAAAAAUUGCAAAGGUAACUGGCUCACUUAUUUUAGGGAGUUGUGUCUUUGCUACAUAUGAACUUCUGACUUUAAAGAGGUUGCUCUCUUUUGAUACGCAAGUGGUACAGCAAGAAAAAUUGAAGUCCUACAUUUAUUUGCAAACAUCUUCUUUGGAUCCAAAUGAGUAUCAGGGGAUUACGUAUCAAGUGAGAAAGGAACUUCACAGAGCAGCAAGGAAAAUACUAGAAACAAAUGCCAAAAUUUUCCGAUGGCCAUUUCAAGAUUCUGUCAGUCCAUUUGAUGCCGAAGAGUAUGAGAGUGCCUUGUGGCUCCUUCUCAAAAGAAGCCAGGCAGAAGACAAAAUGGUUCGAGUGCAAGCUGUGCAUGACUUAGCCUCCAAUCAUUUCUGGCGAGAUUAUCAGUAUAGGGCAGCUGCCCAAGCUAGUGAUCAGAGAACUGCAAUUGGCUUAGCACGCAGUAAAGAUGUUGACCUGCGGUUUUUCCUGCCACCCCCUCCUUUACCAAAGUCAAAAGAUAAGUGUUGUUUGGAAGAGGAGCUUCGAGUGCUGUUGGCAGCUUUACCUCAGACAGAUUUUGACCAAUGUGUACAGUAUUUCACAUCUUUGGCUUUAAGAGAAAGCAGUCAGACCAUUGCUGCACAAAAGGGGGGCUUAUGGUGUUUUGGUGGAAACGGCCUGCCUUACUUCGAAAGUCUCAGUGCUGCCCCUGCCGACACAGUAGAACUCUUUUGUUUACAAGCCUUAGAGCAACAUUCCAAGAUUCCUACUCAUUGUGAUAAAAUUGAAUCACAUGGUGGGCUUCAACUGCUACAAAAACUAUACCAGCUUCGUAAAGAUUCCGCAAAAAUACAAAGGAGCAUAAUUCACAUAAUUGGAAACAUGGCACUAGAUGAACGACUUCACUCAUCUGUAUUUCGUGCAGGUUGGGUUUCAGUACUAGCUGAAGUCAUGAAAUCUCAGCGUAUCAUGGAUUCCUCGCAUGCAGCAAGAGCCUUGGCCAACAUAGACAGGGAAACAGUACAUGAGAAGUAUCCAGAUGGAGUGUAUCUUCUACAUCCACAGUAUCGAAGCAGUCAGCCCAUUAAAGCCGAUGUCCUUUUCGUUCAUGGUCUUUUGGGAGCAGCAUUUAAAACUUGGCGGCAACAGGACAUUGAGCAGUCUGCAGACGAGAAAGAAUUGGAUACAGAUGACUAUAGUGAAUGUUGGCCAAAGACAUGGUUAGCAUCUGACUAUCCUAUGCUUAGAAUUAUAUCUGUGGAAUAUGACACCCACCUGAGUGACUGGAGAGCAAAAUGUCCUGUGGAGAGCUACAGGGAGUCUAUUGCCUACAGGAGUUCUGAGCUCCUCAAGAAACUGAGAGCUGCUGGCAUUGGAGACAGGCCUCUUAUAUGGAUGUCACACAGCAUGGGGGGUCUUCUAGUCAAGAAGAUGCUGCUAGAUGCUUCCAAGGACCCUGAAAUGGAUUCCAUUGUAAACAACACUCGGGGAAUUGUAUUUUAUAGUGUCCCUCAUCAUGGCUCUCGGUUGGCUGAAUAUUCAAAAAAUGUUAGAUUUCUGCUGUUCCCUUCUGUGGAAGUUAAGGAACUCAGCAAAGAUUCUCCUGCACUUAAAGCCCUGAAUGAUGACUUUCUCUCAUUUGCAAAAGACAAGAAGUUUCCCGUAUUAAGCUUUGCAGAAACAUUACCAACACGAGUUGGCAGAAUGCUGAGCCUUCAUGUGGUACCAAUGGAAUCUGCAGAUUUAGGCAUAGGAGAACUCAUUCCAGUAGAAGUUAGCCACCUGAAUAUCUGCAAGCCAAAGAACAAGGAUUCGUUUCUCUAUCGGCACACCCUAAAAUUUAUUCAAGAAACUUUAGCAAGAGAUCUGAGAAACUGAUGAAUUACUGCAAGACUUGGCUUAUUUCUUC